AUGAAGUUUUGUCCUACCAUUAAGAAUGUCCUCCUUCUGGACUCUGAAGGAAGGCGUAUGGCAGUUAAGUAUUAUACUGAUGAAUGGACGACUAAUGGCGCAAAAUUAGCUUUUGAAAAGUCCAUCUUUAGUAAAACACAGAAGACAAAUGCAAGGACUGAAGCGGAGAUAGUCAUGUUUGAGAAUAACGUUGUGGUGUAUAAGUUCAUACAAGAUUUGCACUUCUUCGUAACUGGAGGUGAUGAUGAAAACGAAUUGGCUUUGGCCACAGUCCUGCAGGGGUUUUUUGAUGCAGUGACCCUUCUCCUAAGGGGUAAUGUUGAUCAACGGGAGGCACUUCAAAACUUAGAUAUGAUGUUUCUAUGCCUUGAUGAGAUUGUUGAUGGAGGAAUGAUUCUUGAAACUGAUGGGAAUAUGAUUGCCGGGAAAGUAGCUACACAUAGCAUGGAUGAUGGGGCUCCCUUGUCCGAACAGACUAUUACUCAAGCAUUGGCAACGGCUCGUGAACAUUUGACAAGAUCGCUUCUCAGAUAA